CAAACCCUGCGCUGCUCGACAUAAGCAUGAAGCGACUUAAGCGGCUGAUUGUCGCGGCUGUGGCUGCCUCCGCCUCACUCGCGAGAGCAAGCGAAGAUACAGUGGCGUUCACACACCGGGUGCCAAGACGAUGCGUCAGAGAGCGGCGUGCACAUGCCCAUCCACGUGAUCUCGAUGAUGCAGCAGUGGAGGUCGCCAGCCAGCCCCAUCUCGUGACGGCGACAGACCAUCACGUUCCUUAUCCGCUUUUCAAUGUCACCGGAGCUCCGCUGCUCAUCGACGAGGGCAGCCAUCACGCGGACCACGUCCUCGCCCCUCCCUCCCCCUCCCCCUCCCGCCCCUCCGCCGUGUCGUCCGCCCGCAGAUUCAAGCAACGGCGAAAGACGGCCCUUCACGCCAUGAUUGACCGCAUCCGUUCGUAUGGACUUGCUGGUAUGCUGUCGUAUGGUGUGCUCAACGCUCUCUACUACACUGUGGCUGUGGCGCUGGCCUGGUGCUGCCGCAUGACGUGUCCCUCUAUGGCUGCCCCGUCGCUUCGCUGCGCCACUCAGCGGUUCGUGAAGGUGUUUGUGUUGGUGUGGGCGGGCAGUCAGGUGACCAAGGGGCUGCGGGCCGCCAUGGCCGUCAUGAUCGCGCCGUUCGUGGACAAGGUGCUCGCGGCCACGCAGAGGAGGCUGCGGCUCAAGACGAGGGAGAGGGCGUUUGCCGUGUGCUGCAUCAUGCUGCUUGGGGGCACCUUUGGGGUGUUCGGUGUGCUGGUGCUGUCCUCAUGCAUGCCAGCGGUUUUGCUGACCACACCGGCAGCAGCCUUCAUGCCGCCUCCAACGAUCAUGCAGCAGCAGCCCCAAUGGUCACUGGCCCUCCCUCUUGCGUCGAUGCUCUCUUAUCAUCUGACAAGGGUCUUCAACAACGGUCCCAGUGGACUGGAAUACGGCAGCGAUGGGGAUACCGAUGAGCAGGGCGGCCCCUGGGGGUGGAAAAGCGAGGGCGAUGUGCUCAAGAAGAGGGGCAAGACCAUCAGAGGACCCUUCAGCCCCUCAGCUGCACCACCACCGGAGGACAGAGAGCCGAUGCAGCUACUGGCUGAUCUGGUCAACACCCACGAUGACAGCUCUGCUAUCAUCACACAAGCCGAGGAAGGGACGGUAGAGGAACUCGAGGCUGAGGACGAGCAGCCGGUUGGCAAGAAGGCCCCACCCACCCCACCCAAGUCGCCCGUGUCGGGGUGGAACAUCCACCCCAAGUGGAUGACAGGCCGCUGGCACAUCCCCUCUGAAUGCCUGUCGGUCGUCCCCCACUCCCUCUGGCUGCUCAGCCCCCCACAGCAGGCGGCUCUCAUCACCGCUCUGGGGACGCUGCAGCACUCCCGCAUUCAGCUGCUCCCGCGCGGCAACCUGACCGUCUCCCCGCCAUCACCCUCUCUCCAGCCCCUCUCCUGGCGCUUCACGCCCGCCACACGCCGCCUUGUCGUGGAGCUCCAGAUGAGUGACGACACGGGGUGGGUGCUGCGGUAUAGCGGUCGGGUCAAGUGGGACAGGGGCGUGUUCAUGCACUGUGACGGGAGCGGUGCCGUCCGCCUGAGGACUAAGGACGACAGCGAUGGUGACAUGCCUGUUGUUGCGCAGGGGCCGUUUGAGUAUCUGAUGCCGCGGGGCGAGCGGAGGCGCGAGAACAAGGGGCGGGGGAGGGUGCUGGCUGAGUGGCGAGAGGGCGCUGACAAGAUAGCGCCAUUUAGACCUGCCCUGGUGCUGCCGACUAUCUGAGAGGGAUGACAGAAUGAGUGUAGUCUGACGAAUGAAGUAAAUACAUGGGAACCUGGCGACGGCCAGCAGGCAGGGGCCUUUUUGCAUGUCAUGUAGAGAAGCGUCAGUCAUAAGUCAGUGAGCCACUCACUCAUCGGGUUAUCGAC